AUGGCACCCAAACUUAUGAAAGCCGCUCUCUGCAAAGAGCCUGGCAAACCAAUCGUUAUCGAACAUAUCCCAACCCCAACCCCAACAGGCCGUGACCUCCUCGUCCGCGUCGAAGUAGCAACCCUCUGCAACAGCGACAUAGGCAUAACCCAAUCAGGCGGCUUCGGCCUCUCAACCUAUCCCCUGGUAAUAGGUCAUGAAGCCGUCUGCAUAGUCGAAGAACUUGGCCCCGAUGCAUUGGUCUACGAUUUCAAACCCGGUGACCGAAUCGGCUCACCUCUAUGGCGCGACAUGUGUCUAACAUGCUACGAGUGCACCAACAUCGGACCCCAAUUCUGCCCCAGUAAGAAACUGAUGGGCCUCACUGCCCCAGGCUACUUCUGUGAAUACACGCUUGUCGAUGCUGCUUGCGCAGUCAAGGUCCCCGAGAAAGAGGGAAUCCAGGCUGCGCAACUGUCACCGCUUUUCUGUGCAGGCAUUACUGUCUGGGAUGCUCUUCGUCGUGCCGAGCUGAAAGAUGGCGAGACGGUCGCUGUUGUUGGCGUCGGGGGUUUAGGUGAGAUGGGGGUGAAGUAUGCGCAUGCGAUGGGAUGUAAGGUUCUCGGGCUGGAUAUUAACGAGGAGCAGCUGAGGGGCGUUCUGGAGUCUGGGGUUGUGGAUGGGAUCGUGAAUACGCGCACCACGGAGCCGGGUGAUGUUCUAGGAGUUGUUAGGGAGUUGAAUGGGGGAAGAGGUGUUGAUGUUGUGGUUGUUACUUCUGGGGCGUUGAAGGCGUAUGAGACUGCUAUUGGGAUUCUUAGACCUGAGGGCCGAUUGAUUGCUGUUGGGGUUCCGUUGGAGAGUGUUCCCCUGUCGAUGUCGUUGAUGGCGAGUUAUGCUUUCAAGAUCAUUGGGGCGAAGGUUCAUGGGCAGAUUGGGUGUUCUGAGUGUGUGGCAUUUUCGCAUGAGAAGGGAAUUUAUCCUAGGAUUAACCCGAGGGAAUUUCAGUUGGAAGAUAUCAAUGAGAUGAUAGCCUUGUUGAAGGCUGGCAAUGUGCAAGAUGGAAGGAUGGCUAUUCGGUUCUGA